GUGACUGAUCGUAUAGGAUUACAAUAGUCGCACCCAGACUAUUAUAGUUCUUAAGCAGAAAAAGGGGACCGUCCGAAAGUCAUGGAGUAUAGAGUAGAAAUAAAAAAUUAGCUAGCGUCAAAAGAUUAAAGAAGACGGCAAAAAAGAAAUUGCUUGGAGCAGCUGGAACCUGUUAAAGAAUGGAUUUUAGCUCUAUUCGCAAGUUCAUCACCAGAUGGUGUGCUGGAGAGGAGAACUGGGUGGACACCAGGACGGUGUACAUCGGAAACAAGGAGCCCCCACCGGGAGCGGAGGCCUACAUUCCCCAGAGGUACCCCGACAACCGCAUCAUCUCCUCCAAGUACACCUUCUGGAAUUUUGUUCCGAAGAAUUUGUUUGAGCAGUUUAGAAGAAUUGCCAAUUUCUACUUCCUCAUCAUAUUUCUUGUCCAGUUGAUAAUUGACACUCCCACCAGUCCCAUCACCAGCGGACUACCUCUCUUCUUUGUCAUCACUGUCACGGCCAUCAAACAGGGCUAUGAGGACUGGCUCAGGCACAAAGCAGACAAUGCUAUUAACCAGUGUCCUGUGCACGAGGUGCAGGAUGGGAAGGUGAUCAGGAAACAGAGUCGUAAGCUGAGGGUGGGUGAUGUGGUGCUGAUCAAGGAAGAUGAGACGUUCCCCUGUGACCUCAUCCUUCUCUCCACCAGUAGGGAGGACGGGACCUGUUUUGUCACUACAGCCAGUCUGGACGGGGAGUCCAGUCACAAGACCUACUAUGCUGUGCAGGACACUAAGGCCUUCAACACAGAGGAGGAUUUCAAUACUCUACAGGCUUCUAUUGAAUGUGAACAACCACAACCAGACCUCUACAAAUUCGUGGGCCGAAUCAAUAUUUAUUCGGACAGAAACGAGCCCAUCGCGAGGCCUUUGGGAUCUGAGAACCUACUUCUCAGAGGGGCGACACUGAAAAACACACAGCACAUAUAUGCUGUUGCCAUCUACACUGGUAUGGAGACCAAGAUGGCGCUCAACUACCAGUCCAAGUCCCAGAAACGCUCUGCAGUGGAGAAGUCAAUGAAUGCGUAUCUGAUAGUGUACCUGUGCAUCCUGAUCAGCAAGGCUCUGAUCAACACAGUGCUGAAGUAUGUGUGGCAGGCUGACCCGGACAAAGACGAGCCCUUCUACAACCAGAAGACUGACACAGAGAGGCAACGCCAUAUAUUGAUCCGGGCGUUCACAGACUUCCUGGCCUUCAUGGUGUUGUUUAAUUACAUCAUCCCCGUGUCCAUGUACGUUACCGUGGAGAUGCAGAAGUUCCUGGGGUCCUACUUCAUCAUGUGGGAUGAUGAGAUGUUUGACGAGGAACUAGGAGAGAGGGCUCAGGUUAACACAUCUGACCUCAAUGAAGAACUGGGACAGGUGGAGUACGUGUUUACAGACAAGACAGGCACACUGACAGAGAACAACAUGGAGUUUAUAGAGUGCUGUGUGGACGGCUAUGUUUACGUCCCUGAUGCCAUCUGUAAUGGACAGGUCAUGCCAGGGGCAACCAGCAUGGACAUGAUCGACUCCUCACCUGGACCAGGGGGCAAGGAGUCUGAGGAGUUGUUCUUCCGGGCGUUGUGUCUGUGCCACACGGUACAGGUGAAGGAGGAGGAGACAGUGGAUGGCAUCAAGAUGGGUAUCCACCAGAACAAGGCCACCUCCUUCUACAUAUCAUCCUCUCCUGACGAGGUGGCACUGGUGGAGGGCAUGAAGAGGCUUGGCUUCACCUAUCUGCGGCUGAAGGACAGUCACAUGGAGAUUCUUAAUAGGGAGGAUGAGGUCGAGAGGUUUGAGCUACUGGAGGUAUUGACCUUUGACUCUGUGAGAAGGAGAAUGAGUGUUAUCGUCAGGUCCACCACAGGGGAGUACUACCUGUUCUGUAAAGGGGCCGACUCCUCCAUCUUCCCCCGGGUGAUCUCUGGCAAGGUGGAGCAGGUCAAAGCCAGAGUGGAGCACAACGCUGUGGAGGGCCUACGGACACUGUGCGUGGCGUACAGGAAGUUGAGCGUGGCUCAGUACGAGGAGACGUGUCACCUGCUGAACAGCGCCAAGCUGGCCCUGCAGGACCGAGACAGGAAGCUGGCCGAGGCCUAUGACCUCAUUGAGAAGGACUUCAUACUGCUGGGGGCCACCGCCGUGGAGGACAGGCUCCAGGACAAGGCAGCGGACACCAUCGAGUCUCUCCAGAAGGCUGGGAUGAAGGUGUGGGUGCUGACCGGAGACAAGAUGGAGACGGCGGCGGCUACUUGUUACGCUAGCAAGCUGUUCCGCCGCUCCACACAGAUACUGGAGCUGACCACCAAACGCACCGAGGAACAGAGUCUACAUGACGUUCUGUUUGACCUGAGUAAAACCGUACUCAGACAGCAUGGUAGCAUGACCAGAGACACCUUUUCAGGUCUGUCUGCUGACUGUGUGGACUACGGUCUGAUCAUCGACGGGGCCACCCUGUCUGCGGUGCUGAAGCCCAGUCAGGAGGACUCCAGUCAGGGGAACUACAAGGAGAUCUUCCUGGAGAUCUGUAGGAACUGCAGCGCUGUGCUCUGCUGCCGCAUGGCGCCCCUCCAGAAAGCACAGAUUGUGAAGCUGAUCAAAUCGUCUCCAGAACACCCAAUCACGCUAGCCAUUGGAGACGGGGCUAAUGAUGUUAGCAUGAUCCUGGAGGCUCACGUGGGCAUCGGCAUCAUGGGUAAAGAGGGUCGCCAGGCAGCGCGGAACAGCGACUACGCCAUCCCGAAGUUCAAACACCUGAAGAAGAUGCUGCUGGUUCACGGACACUACUACUACAUCCGCAUCUCAGAGCUUGUCCAAUACUUCUUCUACAAAAAUGUCGCCUUCAUCUUCCCUCAGUUCCUCUACCAGUUCUUCUGUGGCUUCUCCCAACAGCCGCUGUAUGACACAGCCUAUCUGACACUGUACAAUAUCAGCUUUACCUCUCUACCCAUCCUGCUCUUCAGCCUCAUCGAGCAGCACAUCAACAUGGACAUCCUCAAGAAAGACCCCUCCCUCUACAGGGACAUAGCUAAGAACUCUCUCCUGCGUUGGCCCAUUUUCAUCUACUGGACCUUCCUGGGGGUGUUCGACGCCGUCGUCUUCUUCUUUGGUUCUUACUUCCUGUUCAACAACAGCACCUUCACCAGCAACGGACAGAUGUUUGGUAACUGGACGUUUGGGACUCUGGUCUUCACUGUGCUGGUGUUCACAGUCACGUUAAAGCUCGCCCUGGACACACACUACUGGACGUGGAUCAACCACUUUGUCAUCUGGGGCUCGCUGCUUUUCUUCGUCAUCUUCUCUCUGCUAUGGGGAGGCAUCAUUUGGCCCUUCCUGAACUACCAGAGGAUGUACUAUGUGUUUAUUCAGAUGUUGUCCAGCGGUCCGGCCUGGCUCAGCAUAAUCCUGCUCAUCGUCACCAGUUUGCUGCCUGAUGUGGUCAAGAAGGUCGUCUGCAGGGCCCUGUGGCCCACCACCACAGAACGCAUCCAGGUGGGCGAACUUCAAGCAGACUCACUAUCGGAGUUCACCCCGCUGGCAUCUCUCCACGCGCCCACGCGCAGGAGGGCCGACCACCAGAACCCCAUUCCCAGAAGGUCUGAACCCUUCACCAAAAAACUCAUGUUCACCCACUGGAGGGGCGGGCCCGACUACUGCACUUUCACCCCACUCCUCCGAUUCGCCGGCAACUCCCGUCACUCUAGGGCUGGCUAUGCCCACAAUGGGGCAGGGCCUGAGACCUCUGUGUAGUCUAUAGUGGAGUUUAGUCUGAUUUAGACUGGAAGUCUAGACCAAGAUUUCAGUGUUGAGCAAUUGACCACUGGAACAACCUGUCCUCUAGACAAUAGAUACCUAAUCUAGACGCGUACAGUUACCAAUGUCAUUGUGAAAAAGCAAACGAACACCAAAUACACACAGAAGGACGAUCCACAUGAUCGACAGUCCUAGGGCGGUGUUGUUAGCACAAGGAGCUGAGUGAACUGAACAGACUUGGCUCCAGGCAAGCAGUGCCUGUGGAUUGGUGGAAAGGGCCUUGGCUCCACCCAAUAAUGUCUACUGUGGGUCCGACCCCUCAGACCCACCCUGCAGUGUGUGUGUGUGUGUGUGUCACUCCCCCAUAUCUGUCCGUCAACUGUCUGUCAGUGAUGAUGUCAUUUGAAGUGUCAUAAAGCAGGGAUGCCCAGUAUGAAGGGAAGAUGUUCAGAGGUAUUGCAUGUGCUUUAACUCACCACACUUUCCUGUUUUUCUUUUGUCUUUUUCUCUCUUCCUCUCUCUUUCUGUCCUGCUUUAUAGAACAAACUGGUGUUGCCUCUGUGCAUAUCUCUUAUCCAGGAACACGCCAUAAGACACUAGUCUCUUCCAGUUCAGUUGUAAGUGGCUAGGCCGUGAUAGGGGUUUAUCUCUACUGGACUAGAGACAGUUCUGUGUGUGUAGUAUCCCGUGUCAUAGACUGUCCUUGUGUCUACUGUAGAGUGAUGUGAUUAUACCUCCAUUCCCCCUUGUAACCGUCCCAUUUCCUGAUGGAAGCUGAGGCAUCCUGCCUCACGUAGUGCUAAGGAAGUACAGUGGGAAACCAGUAUGCAUGGGAAUCCUUUUCCGCCUUAACAUCUACACAGUGUUUCCUUUGAAAUACACAGUAGUCUGGAACCAAAGGCUCAGAAAAUACUUUUUCAAUGGCUUGCCUUGCUGGUUAUUGCCUUACACUGAGACUGGGUGGGACAGAGGAAGAAAAAUUCUGCCUUACACCACACCAGGAUUGGUGGACAGUAUUAAAUAGGAGAGAGAACCUACUUUGUUUCUGGGCUUUAACGUUGCCCAUGUAGAUAUCUAACAUCUCUCACACUCAGAUCUGAAGCCUUAAAGAGCAGUGGAUCUCUGUUACAGAAAUACAACAUGUAGAAUGUAGACAUUAUGCUUAGCUGCUUUGUUCUGUCCCUUGGCAUAAAUAAUAUAGAACAUACCCAUAGAAGUCUCACACGAUGCGUGAGAGCCUCAUGAAGGUGUUAUAAGAGUGUUAUAAUUCUCUCACUAGAGUCUGUCAGGGGUCUUAACAUCUCAUCUGUCACUGUGUGCUCUCUCCCUCCCUCGGAUCUUCUCUGAUGCUUUUAUGUUUAAUUUUCUCCUCUUUCUUCAUGUGUUUUUUUUUUACCUCUACCGUUUCUCCUCUUGUUCCUUUUGAAGUGAUGCUCGUGUGGAUCUGUCCUCUCGAGCCUCACUACAUCUCCUCCUCCUCACUGCCGCCUCCUCUCAUCCUCCACUCCUCCUCUCAUCCAUUCAUCCAUUCACUCCUUCAUCCGGCCAUGCAUCCCUCCAUCCGUCUCAUAAGAACACAGUCUGUGUGGUGGGUGUAAGGAGAGCGAGAACGAGAAAGGGAGAUGGAGGGGGACUGUACCAAAACCAAGGUUUUUCUAGACACAUUUAGCUGCUUGACAGUAGAUGUCUUGUGGUCCUGUGGUGCAUUGUGGGAUCUGUUCAAACCAAGAGGAACAAAGUAUAUGGAUGUCCCAUAUAUAGAUAAGGAUGUUGUUAUACACAGUAUUUGUG